CAACCUGUUCUUGCUCCUUUGUCUUCCUCGUUAUCGCCAUUGCUUCUUCCCCCAUGCCAGACUAUCAUCUCUCUUGUCUCCUUUUGGAUUAGUCUUUUGCUAGCUACCGUAUAUCCAUCUUAGAUUUGGAAAAGCUGUGACGAACCGUAGAUAGACAUAUUGGGUUUGGCGCGCCUCAUUCCUUCAACGGAAACGACGAUAAGAAGACGACGUUUCUGCCGCUUCGCUUCUUGGCUCGCAUCUUUGACUUGCUUGCUCCACCACCUGCUCCUCUUUAGCAACCAAUUUCGACAAGGCCAAGUCUCCCCGUCUGCCUCCGCUCAUACCAGCUUUUGAGGGCAGCGAUGGAAGGCGGUAAGGAUGGGGUGGUGGCCAUGCAAAGGGCGGUGAAGCAGCUGCACUUUGGAGAGUGCGACGACGUGAAGGUGACAGCGGUUGCGGAGAUCAAGAGGUUGGCAGCGAGCGAUCCCCGUAGCAAGCGCUUGUUGGCGGCACUCGGGGUCAUACCGCCGUUGGUUUCCAUGCUCCUCCAGGCGCAGGACGAUCGUCGCCGGCAGCUUGUAGUCGAAACGCUCGUCGAACUAGCCCACGGCACUUUCAAGAACAAGGCGCUCACCGUGGAGGCAGGUCUCCUCCUCCGAUUGCCGCAGCUCAUGAACACCGAGGACCUUCCGAAGAACCAGCACUUGACAGCCCUCCUCUUAUCCCUCUCCUUCCUCGCAAAAACAACUUUCCCGAUCAACCCCAGCCCCAUGUUGCCUUGCCUCAUCCGAAUCCUGGACGCCACCGAAACGUCCGAUGAGAUGAAGCUAACGUGCGUGGCCGCGCUAUACAACCUCUCCACCAAGCUCGACAAUGUUAGAGCCGUCGUUUCCGGUGGCGCGGUGCAUGUUCUGCUCAAGUCGUCGCAGAAGAUGAGAAGCGUGGCGGAGGGCGCCUUGGCGACUCUCGGGAACUUGAUGCUGUGCGAAACGGGGAAGAAAGCAGUGGAGGAGGACGCGAUGGUCCCAGAAGCUCUGAUGGAGAUCAUGGCGUGGGAGGAGGAGCCCAAAUGCCAAGAGCUCGCCGCCUACGUACUGAUGGCCCUUGCGCACCGGAGCAAGGUCCAGAGGAAGAAGAUGGCGGAGCUGGGAAUAGUGCCUCUGCUUCUGGAAGUGGCGCUGAUGGGGAGUCCCCUCGCACGGAAGAGAGCGAUCAAGAUGUUGCAGUGGUUCAAAGAGGAGGGGCGUGCAAGAACCGGAGGCCAUUCUGGGCCUCGACCAGAUCACCUCUCAGAUGGUAGACAGCAGAUAAGAGAGGGCAAAAGGGCUGUGAAUACGAUGGUGAAGCAGAGUCUUGACAAGAACAUGCAAGCCAUCAUAAGGAGAGCUCGUGCAUCCGAGGAUUUUUCUUGCUUCAAGAGUUUGGCUGCCACCUCCAGCUCCAAGAGCUUGCCUUACUGACGUUGUGGUCAACCCAAGCUUCCAAAUCUAAAUCUUAAGUCAACUGUUGAUAAGAUAUUCUAA